CCCGCCCCUAGUUGGGGAGAGAGCUGGUGCACAGCAGAGCCCAUCGCAGUUGACUGUUUGAGCAGCAGUAUGCAUGUUCGCCAGGGACUCCGCGAAGCGCUCAUGUCCCAGCAGUGUAGUACUUCACCGCCCAGAGAUCAUCUACUCAAGAGUCGAGGAUAAUAAAAUUGGAUGAGGCAGGCGGACCGUAGGCGGAAAGCCCGGAGUGACCGGAGGAAUACAGUAUUACUACAGGACCGCAGGCUGCCGCACUCCUCUGAACGUGGACAAUCAUGCAUGUGCUCUUCUGGGGCUUGGGGUUCCUACUAUUCCCUGAUUUCUUGAAUGUAGUCGCAUCUACAGGGAGAUUGCUUUUGAAUUCAAGCACAGUAAAAGAGGAGGUCGGCGCGUAUGAGAUUGUAACGCCGGUGCGAGUGAAUGAAGCCGGUGACAAGUUUCCAACCAGUGUGCACUUCAAGAGGAAAAGACGAAGUUUGGACGAGAGUACCGGCAAUACUACGGAUCACUGGGCCUCGCCAAAUAUCCACUACAGGAUAUCUGCUUUCGGACAGAACUAUCACCUCAACCUCACGCUGGAUUCGGGAUUUAUCGCACCUUUCUACACUGUGACAUUACUUGGAGUACCCCGAGGAGAUAACAUAACGGAUUUUGCAACAGAUGGGGAGGUGGAGGAGGAGGAGGAGGACACGGAGUUAAGGCACUGCUUCUAUAAAGGACAUGUAAAUGCACAAGCAGAACACGCCGCGGUCAUCAGUUUGUGCUCCGGACUGCUUGGCACUUUCAGGUCUCCAGAGGGGGAGUAUUUUGUGGAGCCCCUACACAGCUAUCAAGGUGAACACUAUGAAGAGGAACAUACAAAACCUCAUAUUGUAUACAGGAAGAGUACACCCAAGAAACAAACAUCUGGGGAGGACUCAGCUUGUGAUACUUCAGGACACAAACACAGACAUAAGAGGCACAAGCCGAAGAGAAGGGCAGUGGCUGGGGUGACCACUGUGUCCAAUGCAGCUCCUGUGGUCAGCGCUGGUAUAUUCAGUGACGUGGAGUCACUGAGUUCUGGUCUGGCCAGCAAUGCUUUACUCAGAUCAGAGAGCAGUGCUAGCGCUAGACCAUCAAAUGAUAGCAGUGGUGACUCAGGACCUCACAGAAGAUCAAAACGCUUCCUCUCCUACCCGCGCUUUGUCGAAGUCAUGCUGGUGGCCGACAGCAAAAUGGUGGAACAUCAUGGCAGCAACCUACAGCACUACAUACUCACAUUAAUGUCCAUAGUGUCUUCCAUCUAUAAGGACCCCAGCAUUGGCAACUUGAUUCACAUUGUAAUUGUAAAGUUAGUCAUAAUAAACAACGAGCUGGAUGGUCCAGUCAUUUCAUUUAAUGCACAGACCACUUUAAAGAACUUCUGCAUUUGGCAGCAGAGUCAGAACAUCCUGGAUGACAACCACCAUUCCCAUCACGACACUGCCAUCCUCAUCACCCGGCAGGACAUCUGCAGAGCAAGAGAUAAGUGUGACACCUUAGGACUUGCAGAGUUGGGCACAGUGUGCGAUCCAUACAGGAGCUGCAGCAUCAGUGAGGACAAUGGACUCAGCACUGCUUUCACUAUUGCUCAUGAACUUGGCCAUGUGUUCAACAUGCCUCAUGAUGACAGUAACAAAUGUAAGGAGGAUGGAGUUAAAAUUCAGCAACAUGUGAUGGCUCCCACGCUUAACUACAACACAAACCCUUGGAUGUGGUCCAAGUGUAGCAGGAAGUACAUCACAGAGUUCCUCGACACAGGAUAUGGCGAAUGCUUGCUCGACGAGCCCGUUUCUAGGCCAUACAGUCUGUCGCAGCAGCUGCCUGGGCGGAUAUACAAUGUCAAUAAACAGUGUGAAUUGAUAUUUGGGCCGGGAACGCAGGUGUGCCCUUAUAUGACUCAGUGUCGAAGGCUGUGGUGUACCAGUCCAGAGGGUGCCCAGCAGGGAUGCAGGACCCAGCACAUGCCGUGGGCAGACGGCACUGACUGCUCCCCCGGAAAGCACUGCAAACAUGGCCUGUGUAUAGCCAAAGAGCAUGAUGCCACACCUGUGGAGGGGGCAUGGGGAGUUUGGAGCCCCUUUGGUACCUGUUCGCGGACAUGCGGUGGGGGCAUCAAGAUCGCUGUGCGCGAAUGCAACCGACCCGUGCCUAGGAAUGGAGGAAUGUAUUGUGUUGGUCGCCGGAUGAAGUUUCGCUCCUGUAACUCUGAGCCCUGCUCCAAGCAGAAGAAGGACUUCAGGGAGGAGCAAUGUGCUGCUUUUGAUGGCAGGCACUUCAACAUCAACGGUCUACCUCCUAAUGUUCGCUGGGUGCCCAAGUACAGCGGAAUCUUGAUGAAGGACAGGUGUAAGCUGUUCUGCAGGGUGGCAGGCAGCACGGCCUACUAUCAGCUCAGGGACAGGGUCAUUGAUGGCACGCCGUGUGGACCUGAUACCAACGACAUCUGUGUCCAGGGCCUGUGCAGGCAAGCUGGCUGUGACCAUGUACUGAACUCUAAAGCCAGGAGGGACAAAUGUGGCGUGUGCGGAGGUGACAACUCUUCCUGCAAAACUGUGGCAGGCACCUUCAACAUUGUCCGCUAUGGCUAUAAUGAAGUGGUGCGAAUACCCAGUGGUGCUACAAAUAUAGAUGUGCGUCAACACAGCUACUCAGGGAAACCGGAGGAUGACAACUACCUCGCCAUAUCAAAUAGCCGUGGAGAGUUCCUGCUUAAUGGAGAGUUUGUGGUCAGCAUGUUCAAAAGGGAAAUCAAAGUAGGAAAUGCCGUCAUCGAGUACAGUGGCUCUGACCACAUCAUUGAGAGGAUCAACUGUACUGACCGUAUUGAAGAGGAGAUCAUUGUCCAGGUGCUGUCUGUGGGGAACCUUUACAACCCAGAUGUCAGGUAUUCCUUUAACAUCCCUAUAGAGGACAAACCUCAGCAGUUCUUCUGGGAUGCCUAUGGCCCCUGGCAGGAGUGCAGCCGCCUGUGCCAAGGAGAGCGAAAGCGGAAGAUUCUCUGUAGCAGAGAAUCAGACAGGGUGGUUGUGUCAGACCAGAGGUGUCACGGUACAGCCAGACCUGCUGUCAUCACUGAGCCUUGCAACACUGAAUGUGAACUCAGGUGGCAUGUGGCCCGUAAGAGUGAGUGCACAGCUCAGUGCGGUCUGGGAUAUCGUACUCUGGAAAUAUAUUGUGCCAAAAUCAGCCGCACAGAUGGCAAGACCCAGAAGGUUGACGACCGCUACUGUAGCGGCCAGCGCAAACCUGAUGACAAAGAAGGCUGCCAUGGAGACUGUAACCCGGGUGGCUGGGAGUACUCGCCUUGGUCAGAGUGCUCCAAGAGCUGUGGUGGGGGAACCCGCCGUCGAGGGGCAGUGUGUCGAAAGGCAGCUGAGGCUGGCGGCGAUGAGAGCAAAUGCAGUCAAAGGGACAAGCUGACCGUCCAACCCUGCAAUGAAUUCCUCUGUCCACAAUGGAAGACUGGUGACUGGUCUGAGUGCCUCGUGACAUGUGGGAAAGGCUACAAGCACCGUCAGACGUGGUGUCAGUUUGGUGAGGACCGUCUAGAUGAUCGCUUUUGUGGCUCAUCUAAACCUGAGUCGGUGCAGACGUGCCAGCAGCAGGAGUGUGCCUCUUGGCAGGUUGGACCUUGGGGACAGUGCACUACCUCGUGUGGGCCAGGCUACCAGAUGCGAGCGGUUAAGUGUGUGGUUGGUUCUUAUGGUGCUGUCAUGGAUGACACUGAAUGUAACGCUGCCACCCGACCCACUGACACCCAGGACUGUGAACUGGCUCAGUGUCCCAGCAGCCACCCCGUUCCCCCAGGGACCAAAGUCCCCUCCCACCAGGGCCACAAAACCCAGUGGCGGUUUGGUUCCUGGACCCAGUGUACUGCCAGCUGCGGCAAAGGGACACGGAUGCGCUAUGUGAGUUGCCGUGACAACCAGGGUGGUGUGGCAGAGGAGUCGGCAUGCGCCCACCUACCAAAACCCCCUGCCAGAGAAGUGUGCUCAGCAGUGGCCUGCGGACAGUGGAAAGUGCUGGAAUGGACAGUGUGCUCAGUGACCUGUGGCCAGGGGAAGACGACACGGCAGGUACUGUGCGUCAUCAACGACCAAGAAGUGAAUGCUAGUGAGUGUGACCCAGACGAUCGUCCUACCACAGAGCAGGACUGUGCCAUGUCUCAAUGCCCGUCCCGCUCCAGUGACUCUCGAUCUUUGCCGUCCUCACCAAACGCCGGCGGCAGGAACAACCUGCCCCGUAGCCAAUCCCAUCAAUGGCGGACCGGACCCUGGGGCGCGUGCUCCAGCACAUGCGCAGGAGGUUUCCAGCGGCGUGUAGUAGUGUGCCAGGAUGAGAACGGCUACCCUGCCAACAGUUGUGAGGAUCGCACCCGGCCCAAUGAGCAACGAUCCUGCGAGUCAGGGCCAUGUCCACAGUGGAUCUAUGGCAACUGGGGAGAGUGCACCAAGCCAUGCGGAGGAGGGAUAAAGACGAGGUUGGUGGUGUGUCAGCGUCCAAACGGCGAGCGUUUCAAUGAUCUGAGCUGCGAGAUCCAUGACAAGCCACCAGAUCGUGAGCAGUGCAAUACUCAGCCAUGCCCGUCUAGCCCCCACUGGAGCACAGACCCAUGGAGCUCGUGUUCGGCCUCCUGUGGAAGAGGGUUCAAGUCCCGCAAGGUGAGCUGUGUGACCGGGUCAGGCCGCCCAGUCCCGGAGGAAAACUGCCAGCACCUGUCCCCCAAGCCUAGCACGCAGAAGCGCUGCCGAGGUGGACGAUGCCCAAAGUGGAAUACUGGCAACUGGGGAGAGUGUUCAGCGUCAUGUGGCGACGGCGUCCAGCGACGAGAGGUGUUCUGCCAGGUUGGAGACCGACGGAGCCCACUGGAGACCGGCUGCUCCCAGCGUUCCAGACCGCCGUCCAGCCAGAGCUGCCGGGUCGCCGAUUGUCCCUCCCGGUACCGGUGGAAAGAAGGAGACUGGCAGGCGUGUAGUAAGUCAUGUGGAUCGGGCCACAGACGACGAGCCUUGCAGUGUGUGGACCACAACCAGCAGGAAGUCCACGAGAUGUAUUGCGUGAACCAGAUCAGACCUCCAGACAUAGAGAGCUGCAACACCCACGUCUGUGAAUUCAUCUGGAUCACAGGGGAAUGGACUGAGUGCUCAGCCAGCUGUGGCCGGGGCUACCGCCAGCGUCUGAUCUCCUGCAGCGAGGUGCAUGUGGAGAAUGACAACUAUGAGUACGGCCAUCAGUCUUUGUCCAACUGCCCCGGGACCCCUCCUGAGAGCUACAUGCCUUGUAAUCUGGACCCGUGCCCGCCGCCACAGGAGUGGAGGGUUGGAAUCUGGGGACCGUGUUCAGCGAGCUGCGGUGACGGAGUAAUGGAGAGGACGGUGCAGUGCGUGUCAGCAGAUGGUCAGGAGAGCAGUAGGUGUUCUCUAGACGCCGAGCCGGAAGCCAGGAAAGUCUGCAGAAAUCCAAGCUGCCAUUUGCCUUCCAGCUGUCUGGAGGUCCAGAGCAUGAACGGCCCCCUCCCAGACAGUGAACACUUUCUCAGUAUUCAAGGAAAAGCACUCAAGGUCUACUGUGCAGGAAUGCAGACAGAGACUCCACAGGAGUACAUCACCUUGAUGAUGGGAGAAGGGGAGAAUUUUUCGGAGAUCUUUGGCUUCAGGCUAAAUGACCCCACCCAGUGCCCGGCCAAUGGCUCCAGAAGAGAGGACUGUGACUGUCGGAGAGACUACACCGCUGCUGGCAUGACCACCUUCUCCAAAGUUCGUCUGGAUAUCAGCAAGAUGAACAUCAUCACUACAGACUGGCAGUUUGCUCUCACCCGAGAAGGCAAAAACAUUCCAUUUGCCACAGCUGGGGACUGCUACAGCGCCACCCAUUGUCCACAGGGCCGAUUCAGGAUCAACCUCUCAGGAACAGGUUUUAAGGUGGCUGAGGACACCUUGUGGAUCUCCCAGGGCAACUAUGCAGUGGCUGACGUACGGAAAUCACAGGAUGGCAGCAGAGUGUCAGGAUUAUGUGGAGGCUACUGUGGUAAAUGUACACCAUCCUCUGGCUCCAGUCUGCCUGUAAGAGUGGAAUAGAUAUACCAUCAAACAGGUUUGGGAUGCACGCUAAAUACACACAUCUAUUCCCAUUCAUCUUGGCCGUCCUCUUCAGGCGCUCGUCAUGUCAACGCAUCCCUCCUCUUUGGUGCUACGGCUAACUUUGAGCUCAGACCUGUCCUCAACAUGACCUCUUUUACCCCCACAUGUGUAUAAUGUAAAUUAAUUUGGUGUAAGUACUGUACAUAGCAAGAUAAAAAAUGUCUUAUUUAUUAUACUCUCCAUUUAUUUUUGUAUUGUAAUGUAAUUUAACUGUUGUCAAUAGCAAACACCGCACAGUUGCCAUUUAUCAGAUUUAUUUUUGCCAGAGCGUGCCUUCCAUUUUGGAUAUUUGCCAUUUGGAACAUAUACUGUUGUUACUCCACAGUGCAUGUGUUGCAGCCAUAUGUUCUUUUUUAGACCAAUUAAGUAAUUUGUGUUUAAUCCAAUAAUGUUAUAGUUGUGAUGUUUAGCAGUGCUGUUCAAAUGCAGUGAGGUGUCUCCGAUCAGUGGGUCUUUUUUUUUUUUUUUAAUUAUCACAUCAGGAAAGAUUUCUGGACAUAUGCACCGGUGCUAGAAUCCUGUACUACACUGUGUUCCACUAAGCAGCUCUUUGAAAAUAUGUAUUUGGUUCAGUGAAGUGCUUAUUUUGUUUACUUUGAGUGUAUUUCUUAGUCAGAUAUUGUCCAGAGAUCCUUCAAGUUACAAAUGGGCAACUGCUGCUGUCACUCCAGCUAUGGAAUUUGGUGCUUACAGUGGCCGGUGCCACCUGCACACCUUCACUUCUGAGGGUCUGCAUUUGUAGCCAAUCACUUUCGACUGCAUCUCUCCAGGUGUUAACCACAGCUGCAGAUCCUCGUCCAGCUGGAUGGGAGGGAGCAGAGUGUAGGCUUGUGAACUGUACUACAUUCUCAUUAAGUGGGGUGCAUAAAGGUCAGCUGCGACAAUAACACGCUGCAGGAAAGAGCCAGGUGUUGCUUCCAUGACAUCUGCACCUGCAUUUGUAAAAUGCACCCAUAUUGAUACUGUAAUUUGAAGUAGUUUUUAUUUCUCAGUAAAACAUGGAGUGUGUGUGUUAUGGACAGAUUUUGGUUUCUUGCCAGUCCUCACAGCUUCAAUAAGCUGCUGAGGGUAAAGACUUGGUUUUAUGGUAAGGGUUGCAAUUAGUUUAGGUUUGGGUCAGACGUUCAGUUGUGAUGGCUAAGGUUAGUGUAAGGGUUAGGGAAUACAUUAUGUCAGUGAUGGGUCCCCACUAAGAGGUGUGCGCACAGGAAUGUGUGUGAGUGCAUGUUUGUGUUUGUGCAUGCCAAGAAUGGGUUGUGUGGGGGGGGGGAUUUACAGGCCAAGAUCAAGAGAGGAAGUUUACCCAUACACAAACAUACUGAGGCAUAACAAACAAAUGCACAUACGCAUUACUGGCUCACAAGGAGAAGGUUAUAGGUCACAAGAACCAUAGAGAUUAUACUUCCAGACAUCAGAGAGAGACCCAAAUUCCUCUGUAUAUCUCUCAGGUAGUGUGCAGUGACCAGGGAGAGCCAUUAGCCUUUUUAGCUCUUACCAAGCAGGCAGGUUAUCUUAUCUGGAGCGACUUGAAAGAAUUCAGAAAACAGAGACUUCACCUCAGGCCAGUAAAAUUCCAGUAGAUACUCCAGAGAUAUAAUGCACUGGUCCGGCCCUGGAGACACCUCUCAAACCGCUGAGCUCACAGGCCCCGCAGUGGGAUUUCUGUCCAGAUGCUGCCUGUAAACCAUUGCCUCCUGUACCUCACAUUCUUCUCUUCAUCUUUGUCUUCAAGAGUCUGUCCAAACUGUACAUAGUAAUAUCCUCCUGUUCAGAGCAUUUUUAGUUGUUGUUCUUUGUGACAAUAUCAGGGUACUUGUUAUUUUGUGUAUAUGUAUGAUUUCGUAUCUCUUUAGCCAGUGUUAUGCAAUUUUGUGAGCUUUUUUUGUUUUGUUUUGUUUUUUUUUUUGAAUGACACAUGAAUCAAGAAAUACUAGAACAAGACACAACAAGAAAUUAUUCUUUACAUUCUUUAAGCCUUAUUUAUGUGUAGAGUAGGUAUGUAAGGUACAUACUAUAUGUACAACUGAAGAAGCCAUAUUUGCUUUUGUAUGGUGCUAUUUCAGUGCCUUGUGUGUUCAUGUGCACACAUUAGCCAAAGGGAAUUUCACACAGUUCUAAUCUGCAACUACAGUAUGUAAGUAAGAAAUCAUUUCCGAAAGCAUGGAGAAGAAACGUGUUUGUCUCAAUGACAGUCACAAAUGAAAAAUGCACUUCACUCACAGUGAAUAUCAGAGUAAAGUUCAGUCCGCAGAGUUCUCAGGUGUCAUACAGUCAAUGAAGGGAUUACUACGAUAUUUAAAUAUAUUUAUCUUAUUUUACAUAUUUGCCACGUUUUUAUCAGGCAACUGAACAUGUAUUAUUGAAGUUCAACUAUGUAAAUUGUCCUUAUGUAUGCUUUAUUGUGUAUGCAAUAUUUAUUUUACCUUUUCUUUAUGUGAAUGUACAUAGGCUUUGACCCUAAAUGACUAUGAAUUACCAUGCCGUAUUGCCAUAAGAUGAAACGUGUGGCAAAACAUUUCCUGUUUUGUGAAUACAUUUAUUUAUACGUAUGUCAUAUCUGUGUAAAUUUUCUGAGCAGAUUUUGAUGCUGCCAUAUGAAAAGCAUGAUUUAUGUAUGAGAUCUGAUGGCAAUAAUAAGAAGGAAAUAAAAUGCCAUGCUCGCC